AUGCCAGCAAUGGAGAACAGAACCCUCGUGACAGAAUUCAUACUUUGGGACUUUACGGACAACCGGCGAGUUGAAAUCUUGCUUUUUACCAUCUUGUUUGGCACGUAUCUUUUGACAAUAUUGGGGAACAUGGUGAUUAUUAUGAUCACACUGUUGAAUCCCAAGCUCUACACCCCAAUGUAUUUCUUCCUUCGACACUUUGCAGUCUUGGAGGUUGGGUUCACCACCACUGUCAUUCCCAAAGCUUUGGCCAACCUAGCUGUGGGGCAGAAGAAUAUUUCUGUACUUGCUUGCUUCAUGCAGGUGUAUCUAUACCUGGUUCUUGGAGCCACAGAGUCCCUUCUGCUGGCGGUUAUGUCCAUCGACAGAUAUGUGGCCAUCUGCAACCCUCUUCAUUAUGCAACCAUAAUGAAUAGUCGUACCUGCUCAUUGCUGGUGCUCAGCUCUUGGGCUGGGGGAAUUUUGCUCAUGAUGGCUCCAACACUUGCAUUAUUUCAGUUGUCCUUUUGUGGCCCAAAUGCCAUAGACCAUUUUUUCUGUGACAUUGGACCUCUGAUUAAACUGGCAUGUAUGGACACAAGUGUUCUCGAGCUCAUGUUUCUCCUCAUUGUAACACUUUGUAUAUUUGGUCCCUUGGCCGUAAAUGUUGUGUCGUUCAUUAAUAUUAUUUCCACCAUCAUCUGCAUUCCAUCAACCGCAGGGAGGCAGAAGGCUUUCUCUACUUGUGCUUCUCACUUCAUAGUGAUCUCCAUCUCUUACGGCAGUUGCAUUUUCAUGUAUGUAAAACCAAAAGGCACAAGCGAGUUAGACUUCAGCAAAGGAGUGGCUCUUCUGAACACUGUUGUGUCUCCUCUUCUGAAUCCAUACAUUUACUGCCUGAGGAAUAAACAGUUCCAGGAUGCCCUGAGAGCUGGAUUCAGACAGAGUGUUGUGUUUUGUAAGAGCCCAAGGUGA